UAGCAGAGCAAGAUGGCGGCCGUCGUAGAAAGAGUUGAUGGAUGUGUUGGGUCCUUCGACUCAGACUCGGUGUCACCGAGACAGUGCAGCCCUCCACCGGACCAGCCACACCAGAACAACCCGCUGCUCGGGCUGCCCAUCGUGGCCAUAGAGACCAUCCUCCACUUCAUGUCUUACGAUGAGAUCAGCCUGCUGCGUGCGGUGUGUAAGCGCAUGGACACAAUCUGCCAGCGGGUCCUGAAUCAGGGCUUCCUGAAGGUGGAGCGCUACCACAGCCUGUGCCAGCGGCAGGUGAAGGCCCAGCUGCCCAGGCGAGAGUCUGAGAGGAGGAAUCAUUCCCUUGCCCGUCACGCAGACAUCCUGGCUGCCGUGGAGACGCGCCUGUCUCUGCUCAACAUGACUUUCAUGAAAUACGUCGACUCCAACCUCUGCUGCUUCAUCCCUGGAAAGGUAAUAGAUGAGAUUUACCGCGUGCUGCGCUACGUGAACUCCACUCGAGCCCCCCAGCGGGCUCAUGAGGUCCUGCAGGAGUUGAGGGAUAUUUCCUCCAUGGCCAUGGAAUACUUUGAUGAGAAGAUCGUCCCAAUCCUGAAGAAGAAGCUGCCGGGGGCCGACCUGUCCGGACGCCUCAUUGGCUCCACACCAGUGGCCGGGCCCUCCACCUCUCUGACCACCAUGUCCCUGCUGGCCAAGAACACACCGUCGCGCUCUGAGAUGACCAAGGUGCAGCAGCAGGUGAAGGUGAACGGUGCAUCCAUGACGGUGCUGCGGCGGGAAAUGCAGGAGAUCCGGGUGAAGCAGCUGGAGCAGCAGAAGCAGCUGCAGGACCAGGAGCAGAAGCUGCAGGAGCAGACGCAGGUGAUCGGCGAGCAGAACGUCCGCCUCGCCGAGCUGGAACACAAGCUCCGCGAACUGAUGGACAGCAGUGCUGCUGCGAUGGGUGGGCCCCGCCCCAGUGCUGCGGCCACCUCCACCUCCAGCAGUGCGGCUUUGUCCUCUACUGCGGCCGGCACGUCUGCAAGUAGCAGCGGAGCCGCAGCCUCUAUAUCCACAGGGCAGGAGGGCGAGGGGGGUGCAUCACUCAAACGCAGCAGAAAGAGCUCAGAGCGCCCCCGACAGUCCAAACGGCUGCGCAGCAAGAAAUAACUGACUGAUCACACCUUCUCCAAUCCCUCGCGUCACCCCCCCACCAACACAUGACCUGUUCUGUCUGUGAGAUGAGUUGGGAGUAUCUCUCUUUGCUUUACCCCCCCCCCCCCCCCCACACACACACACACACCCACUAAUAGGCAGGUGGUCGGGCCUUUGCAGCUCAGACUAUUUAUUGAAGGUGACAUUAAAAUGACUGCAAAGCGUUUUAAUGGAGAAGCUUUUUUUAGAGGCUAUAUGUUUUCAAAGAUGUGGCAUGGCUUAACAGGAACAGGACUGUCGGUAUGUUUGGGUAACUUAAGUCACACUGUACGUGUUAUUGUAGUUUCUGAAAUCAAAUCUACCAAGAGAUAUUAUUUUGGAAAACGUGCACAAUUAAAAAGGAUAUCACAAUAUAAUAACGGACUCAUAACAGUCCUUGCAUCAAGUUUAAUUAUCAUAACCUACAAAAUAAACCAAAUUUAAAGUUGUAUUUUUUGGGUUGUCAAUGAGCUCCUCUCCACUGCCACAUGGGGAGGAGCUUCGAAUCCAUAAACACCUUUUAUACUCACAACGGCUUCUUCUUAACGGUGGCUAAGUGCCAGUGCUGCUCGGCUGCUCAGAUCACUUAAUUUCAGUCUGACCCGCUUUUGAAUAACCAAAAAAAGAAAAGGCUGGGUCAGAGUGUCAGCUGUCAGCUGAGUGUCAGACCGCUGCCGCCCUGAUGGUGCCUAGUGUCCAUGCUUUUGUUUUAUUCAUGGCUGAAACAUGAUGUGCAUCCGUUCCUUUCUGAUCAUACCAGUGCUUUACACAGCUACACACAACACAAGGACCAGGACAGCUUCACGUGCUUACGGUACACUAAGUGUUGCAGUAUUUUGAACCUUCUGGCCUUCUCUCCUUUUAUUUCACUGCAGAACGUGCUGCUCCAUGUUUGAUUAAUGCCUAAAAAUAUUUAGCAAAAUAAGAUAAAUAGUAGUUAAACAAUCAUGCAUUAUUUCAUAUGCAACAUUGAAAUAUGUUGUCAGCAGAGUUUGGUUUUUCCAUAUCAUGAACAAUCUCUUUUGGGGUUUCUAGAAACAGUGAUAGUGUUUGAAGUCAGCGACAUACUACACACAUGACUGCACAUCCCAUGAAUACACAUCACAUGACUACAGAGCACAUCAUUUUAUCUUCCAUGUGAUUGUAAUGUCACUCGUCCCUGCCCCCAUGGAAUGAACACGUAAACAAUUAUUGUUUAAUCGGUAGCUCUUAGUUGUACCAUUGCAUCUCUUUUAUUAUUUUAUCCCACAGUUCAAUAAUUAACCCUUCUGCCUUGCAGUCUGAAGAGCUGCAAUGCAUUGUGGGGCAUUUGAUUAACUUGUGUAAGCUCUGGUCUCAUACUCUGAUAUUCUUGUGAAUCUACUACACAUUCAGGCAGCAACAUACUAAACAUCUGAGUGCUCUAUAUAGUCAACAUCAGAAUCAGUGAGGAGCAUGUUGAUCUGCAGUAAUGCUUUACAGAAACAGGUGUCAUGAUUUAGACUCACACACUCUCUAAUUGUUCGUAGUAAAUGGGCUGAAUCACGCAGUAUGGUCCUAAAGGAAACAAUGCACCAUGAAAGAUGUCUACUGUACAUGUGAUGCGUUCAAAGGCUCUGUUCAUCCAGAUGAUACAUGUUCUCACUCCCUCUGUCGAACUUGGGUCUUUCUUGUCCAUGUGUAGAGAUAUGUCUCAGAGACGUCUGCCCCCACCCGAAAACAACGAAGGAAACUUAACCUGCCUGGACAGAGGGAAGUUAGAAAUUUUAUUUUUGACCCAUCAAAAUUUGUCAUUUAAUUUAUUUUAAAUGUGACUUACUUUGACAGUGAGGUUAAGAUGCUCCUUUCCUAAUGAGGGAACUAUGAGGAUUGUGAGUAGUCUGCGGUGACAGAGGGGGGGGGGGGGGGGGUCAGGACUACUGGGCCUUUCUGCCCCACCUCUUGUGAGGCAGGGUUAGCUCUGAGCCCAUAUUGUGGCUGCACUUUCGUUCUCUGUGUGGAGCUGUUGUGUCUGGAGAACAUGAACAUUGGGUAAAGAAACUUUGGAGAUGCAGUUCAGGUCCUUCUGAACACUAGCAUGUAAUGCCAUGAAACUGGGCCGAAAAACACAAGAAGAUAAUCUAGAGGCUUUAUUUGAGACUGCGUCUCAGUUUAGAAAACUGUACUGUCAUUUUCAUGUAUUUUAAGUCUAGAUUGUGAAUUAUUUCAUGUAUGUAUACCAAGAAAACUAUCCUUUGAGUUGGCUAACUUGGGGCUGACUACAGUUCUGUUUGCACACAUUGCUGUUACAAAUGUACAAAUCAAACCUAUUAAAAACGCUACAUGACUUA